AUAAAUGUCCGAAAAAUGCCAGCUAUUAUGGGAAUAGAGCUGCUACACUGAUGAUGCUCAGUCGCUUCCAAGAAGCACUUGAAGAUACCCAACAGGCUGUGCGACUUGAUGAUUCAUUUAUUAAGGGCCACCUUCGAGAAGGAAAAUGUCACCUUUCACUAGGAAAUGCCAUGGCAGCUUGCCGUUGUUUCCAGAAAGUCAUAGAAUUUGAGCCAAGCAAUACUCAAGCACAACAGGAGUUGGGAUGUGCCAAAUCCGUUUUGGAGUAUGAACGUAUGGCAGAGUCUGAUUUUGAAAAACGGGAUUUUAGAAAGGUAGUAUUUUGUAUGGACCGCGCCCUAGAAUUUGCCCCUGCUUGCCAUCGAUUCAAAAUCCUAAAAGCAGAAUGCUUAGCUCUGCUGGGUCGAUAUCCUGAAGCCCAGUCUGUGGCAAGUGACAUUUUGCGUAUGGACUCCACAAAUGCUGAUGCACUGUAUGUUCGAGGUCUCUGUCUUUAUUAUGAAGAUUGUAUUGAUAAGGCAGUGCAGUUCUUUGUUCAGGCCUUAAGGAUGGCUCCUGAUCAUGAGAAGGCUCGACUUGCUUGCAGAAAUGCUAAAGCCUUGAAAUCAAAAAAAGAUGAGGGAAAUGCUGCAUUUAAAGAUGGGAAUUAUGAGUUUGCUUGUCUGCUUUAUACAGAUGCACUUGCCAUAGACCCGAACAAUAUUAAAACAAAUGCCAAACUGUACUGUAACAGAGGAACUGUAAAUGCCAAGCUAAAGAAACUUGAACAAGCAAUAGAAGACUGUACAAAUGCAAUAAAACUGGAUGAAACCUACAUCAAAGCUUACUUACGUCGAGCUCAGUGUUACAUGGACACGGAACAAUACGAUGAAGCAGUAAGAGACUAUGAGAAAGUUUACCAGACAGAAAAAACAAAAGAACAUAAACAUCUACUAAAGACUGCCCAGAUGGAACUGAAGAAAAGCAAACGAAAAGAUUACUAUAAGAUCCUUGGUAUAGAUAAAAAUGCUUCUGAAGAUGAGAUCAAGAAAGCCUAUAGAAAGCGCGCUUUGCUGCACCAUCCAGAUCGACAUAGUUCAGCAACUCCAGAGGUGCAAAAAGAAGAAGAAAAAAAGUUUAAGGAAGUUGGGGAAGCCUUUACUGUCCUUUCUGAUCCAAAAAAGAAAGCUCGAUAUGACAGUGGCCAGGAUCUUGAUGAGGAUGGAUUCAAUAUGGGAGACUUUGAUGCCAAUAAUAUUUUCAAGGCCUUCUUUGGUGGUCCAGGAGGAUUCAGUUUCGAAGCUUCUGGUCCAGGAAAUUUCUUCUUUCAAUUCGGCUAAAAGUCGUAUUUUAUUAUUCAUGGACUUAAUUUAAGCAGUGACGGUGUCUCUGUGUUUCUUUGUGCAUUUGUGUGACUUUUAUUUUCCUUCAUGGCAAAGGAGAGUAUUCAAAAAAGAACAAAAUGGACUGGACAUUCUAAUUUGUCACAAUGUUUGACACAACAAAAAUAAAAAUUUGCUUUGGACUUUAUCAUCUCUAAAGUUAGUAUGCAAGUCUUGAGCACUGAUAUUUGGGAGGCUUCACAUCCUUGAAGGAUACAAUCCAUGUAAAUAAUCUUCCUUGUAUAUUGAAUUUAUUUGUAAAGAGAUUUCUAACUGCAUUUAUAGAGCUCCAUCAUUUAGUGUUCUGGUUAUGACUAUUACUGAACUACAGUGAUGAGUAUGAUUUUUUUUACAGGAUUAAAUUAUACUGAUCAUUUAUUUUAAGUUGCAGUUAUAUGUAACCAAUGCGCUUUUACUUCAGGUCUAUGCCUCUAAAUGAUUGUGGCCCCUUUUCCUGUUUGAGAGAGGCUUAUUUUGUGGAGUCUUUCUCUUGCAAAUUUGCCUUGAAAUGUACAUACUUAAGGCAUUUCAGUAAUACUACCGCCAAGACCAUGUGUGAGGCCGUAGACCACUUUUUAAAUUACGUCUCAGAAUAUGGGAACUGCACACAGUUACUGGAUGUCAUACCCUGUGACUAUAAAAGACUGUUUAACCAUGUGGUCCUAACAGCUGCGUUAAUGUAACUAAGUCUUUGCUGUGAAAGUGAAUAUAGAUCUUGCUAUUGCUUUUAAGUGUGCUUGUAGAAAAUGCCUAUUGUUUUUCUUUUUUUUUUUUUUUCAUUUGUAGCCUUUAAAAUGAUUUAUUUUCAGAGAUCUCUGGAUGCUUUUUCACUACUUGAAUUUUAAGUGUCUGUUUUACUCGUUCAACCAAGAUUUGUCUUUUUCUAUCCUGGUUGUGUCCUGCUUAAGUAACUCGUUUCAUUAAAAUUGCACUUUUUCAUUAGGAUCCUAGUUAGACCGAAUUUGCAUUUCUGCACACAGUCAGAAUGGCAAAUUGGGAAGUGGUGCCCAGGUUUGUUGUAAUAGAUUGCCAACCAUGCUUCUCAAUCUCUUAGAAGAAUAAGGGACAACAGGCCAAAAUCAGGACAGAUUUUAAAUUUUGAUCUUAUUUACCUAGUUGAUAGAAUAACGGUUUUUAUUCGCUUGUGUUGUCUGUAGAAUAUUAAGGUGGAUGUCCAAAAUAUGUUUAUUGACUGCAUUUUAUGAGGAUCAGACCAAAAGUAUGGUGCAAUGUCAGGGACAUUCUGCAAAAUCUGGGAAAUCUGAGAGCUGUGAAGCCAACAGUAUACUUUGUAAGAGUUUAAGGUGGAGAACCACAAGUUUACAGUCCCCACAUUAUAACCAUUGGCAUACUACUGCCCUGUGUAGUAGCUAAGCUUGUAUUCCAAGGCAGAGUAUUUAUCCACUGGUGUAAUAGAAACAGCACAAAAAAUUAAGUUAAUAAACCAUUUUGGGCACAGGAACCAUUAUAUAUGUAUACAGUCUUUCACUUCAAAUGCACUUAUUAAUUAGAAUGCUAAAAAAAUUGCAGGUAGUGUUUAAAGGCCAGGCCCAUUUAAUUUUCCAUGCCAGGUUUAUCUGUUGCAUAAGUUUUACUACACAGGUGAAUGUCCAGUUUUAAAAUUAAAAUGUCAUUUAAUUCUUGAGUACUGUAUUUGAAUGUCAUUAACUCUUAAUAUGUAAUAUGUUAAUUGGAGGUAAUUGAAAAGAGGAUUUCCAGUAUGUCUUUCUAUUCAGUGUUGUUGUAUUCCGCCAUUGACCCGAUGUCUGGCCUGUAUACAAAAGCUUAUAGCCACUGCCAGUAGGUGAGACAUCGCACUUGGAUACUGACUGUCAACCAUAAAAGGGACAUCUGUGCAUACCAUCCUCAGAACAUUUACACCGCCAUUCAGAAAGGUUGAUUCUUGUGUAUGGUCUGCAGUCUUAUUUCAUUUGUUUUGCUUCCAGCUUCAGAUAAGUACCCCGUUGGGGAUUUAUUUCAUUGCUACUGCCGUUUGCUGCUGUUCAUGUCAUCCAGGAAGUGCAAGUGUAGGUUUCGAAGGCAGAUACCACAUAAAGAUAUUCAUGAGCUUUGUCUGUUUUGUUUGGGGCCUAGUCACGAUCACUGUUCCUGUUCUUUUUACCAGGCCUUCUUGCCUAAGACCUUGCGUAGCUGUCUUUUGGCUUUAAAUCUUUACCUUGAGAAUCAGAGUCCAGCGUUUGGCUAGGGAAGUAAUGGAGGGUUACAGGAGUCUGGCUGAGACAAGUUUGAAGAGGAAGAUGAGUAAGUUAAGGCCUGAAUCCUCUUUGGCUGCACCUGCCUCCUCUGGCAUUCCCCUUGAGGUCAGUAAAGACCCAGUGGUACAUUUGGAGGGCAGAUCCAUGUCUUUGGCGGGUACCUCUGGGGAACACUUCUGCCCCUCCAUCUAGGGAACAACUGGAUGUUAGGCGUACAUCUGGGCACUCUCCUCUAGCAGAGAAGCAUGUUAAAAAGAAACAAAAACAAGUAUCUGAAUGUCCCCUCUUCCUCUCAGUCCAGUUGGGAUGCGUUUUCACAGGGUCUUAUUGAGGUCUUCAGCUUCUUUAUCUUCCCUCCCUGUUCCAGCUUUUACUUCUCCAUUUCUGGCUUCUGGGUCUCAGGGCGUUUGCUGUGUGCAGGCUUAGGAGUCUCAGGUCCUUGAAUCUGACUCUGAAGAUUCCUCUUCUGAUGAAGACUUCCUGGCAUACUCCACCCAGAUUCAUUCUCCUCUGGAAUAUGCUUCUCCUGAGGAGGAGUCUAAUGGGGGAGAUUCCCCUAUAGAAGAGCUUCCUUUCAAGGAAACUAUUAAUAAGAUGAGGGCAUUUUUUAAAUGGGAUUCCUCCCAGAUCUCUGAAGAACAAAAAUGUUAUGAUCUACUUCAAAUGGAUGUCCCCUGCACCCUCUGCAGUUCCACCAGUUCUUCCUGCUUUCCUGGAUGCCUUUGCAUCAUCUUCUAAAACCCUGACUCACAAGCCCCUGCCCUCAAGAGACUUGACAGAUUUUAUAAGGUCCCUGAAGACUGUAAGUUUCUUUAUAAAUGUCCCUCUGCUGUCCCAGCUGUGGUCUCCAUUGUCUGUGGUAAAUCCUAUUGCUUGUCUCCUUCUGGUAAGUUGCUUCCCUCUGAUAAGGAAAGCAAGAUAUUGGAAAGCUGGGUAAGAAGGUAUAUACUUCGUCCACCUUGGCUAUUAGAGCCACUAAUUACCAGACACACAGUCCAGGUACUCUGGCUUUGCUUUCUCAGGCCUUGACACAAUUACCUGACUCUGAGGCUAAAUCUUAAGCUAUCUCUUGUCUGCAUCUUCUCGGGUACCUAGACAUUCAAUUAGGUGCAGCUAUGAUGUAGUGGAGGCCUCCUCAAGGGUUGGAGCUUCUGCAUCUGUUCUUAGAAGGCAUUCAUGGUUGAGGCUGCAGUCAUUACCUGAUGACAUAAAGGCCAAAACUGCUUGAUGCUUCUUUAGAUAAUUCUGCCCUUUUUGGUUCAGCUGCUGCAGAACUUUUUAAAUCUCUGCAGGAAAAAGUUAAAGAGCUCCAAGACUUAAAAUCCUGAUUUCCGCAGUCCCCAAAUUCCAUAGAAAUUUUUCAGCCAAGACUGAUUUUGUCAGAAGACCUGCUCGUUCCUCCUUUUCUGCUCCUAGGUCUAAGAAAUCUUUUAAGAGACCUCAGUCAAAAUGUGUUGCUUCUGCUACUUCUCCUCCACAGCCUUUUCAGGCCAGACCCAGCUCUCUUGUGACAACCAAGCCCUUCUUCUAAAUCGUACGUCUCUAUCUCUUUUCUCUCCCUUUCAGCCUGGAUGGAGAUCACUCGAGACUCAUGGAUUCUUUCUGUCAUCCAGAAAAGAUACUUUGACUUGGAAGACUCAUCCACCCUUACAAGGGGAUACCUGAACCUCCUUCUUGCCAACUUCAUCUGUUCUCUCAGUUGCUAGCUCAACUGUUUGACCAAGGCACUGUUCAGACUGUCCUUCCAGAACAAAAAGGAAAGGCAUUUGAUUCCAGGAUGUUUCUUGUCCCAAGAAAGGAUGGUCCUUGGAGGCCUAUCUUAGAUAUUUCCCAUUUAAACACUUUCCUGAAAGUGCCUUUUUUUUGGAUGCUGUCUCUGCAAACUCUUUUUCCCUUGUUUCGUCUCACUCCUCCUUGGCUUCUUUUGAUAUCAAGGAUGCUUACCUGCAUAUCCCAAUUCACCCUCUGAAUGUACAUUUCUCUGUGGGUUCUUUGCACUUUCAGUUCUCUGCUUUGCCUUUUGGUCUUUCCACUGGUCCAAGAGUUUUCACCAAGUGAAUCUGUCAACUCUGCAGCUGACCUUGUGGGUGAUCAACUUCUGAUCCCUUUUAGGCACGUUUUUCACAGGACGUGCUUAAGGUUUUCCAGGAGGCCAGGAAACCCAGUACUAGGAAAUCUUGCAUUUCCAAAUGGAAUAGAUUUUUUUAUCUGCUGCCAUAAAAGAAAUCAAAGACCCACUUUCUGCAGACAUUCUAGCAGUACUUUCUUUUCUGUGUGAAUUGCUUAACAGUGGCCUAUCUUAUUCCUCAGUAAAAGUCCACUGCCCAACUCUGUCUGCUUGUUUGCCAUUGACACCUCCAUUAGCUUCCAGACUGGUAAAAAAUAAAAGUAAAUACUACCAAGAACCAUGAAAUAUAAACGAAAAAAUGUUUAAUAAAAUAACUGUGAAACACGCAAGUGUCAAAGCACUAUCACCUUUUGGCUUCUUCAGGCUCAUUGUAGUUUGAGACAGUUUCAUUUAAUACUAGCUAUAAUAUAUCACAUGAUUGAUUAACUUGGUUACUCAAAUAUGAGAUAUGGUGUAAGGAUAACAGUCUCCUGAAGUCCUGGGGAGAUAUGCACUUUAAAUCUAUAUAUCCAUUUUAAUUCUUCUUGCUCUGUUCGCAUUUUAAUAUCAUCCCCUCUUAAUGAAUCCCUGAUAACCAUCAAAAUAGAAUGUAAACUGUUCGUAUCCUGAAUAUGCUUGAGUAUUUUUGAUUACACUUGUAUCUGAUAAAUGUUAACUUAUUCUCUCUCUAAAUUUUCUUAGUCUUUCCUAUGUAAUGUGCUGUACAGGUUUGACAUUGUGCUAAGUAGAUGAGAUUCCACAUAUUACAAUUUCCAAAUGCGUGAAGAAUAAAAGGUUGUCCAUUAAAUGGAUGUUUAAUUUCUUUGUCUGUGCAGAUAUGUUCACAGUGGGCACAGUUGCCACACCUAAAAGUUCCUUUUUUGUAACUAAAAAACUGUGAUUGGCUUGUCUGCUGUCCUCCAACAACUUAUUCUUCAAGGUGGGUGCUGUCUUAUAGCUGUAACUGGAUUGUUCAGCUGUGACUCCUUUUAAGUUGAGGUAUAUCUGUUAAAAUAGACCAAUAUUUAUUAACAGUAUUUUUGAUCCCUGGUGUUUCUCUGUUAUAGGUUAAUGUGUAUCUAAGAACAGAUUUACGUUGGGUAAAUUUCUGUUUAUAUUUUCUGAAUGUAAUAAAUCUUUUGAAGUUGUAUCUCGUUUAUCAUUUCAUUCUUAAUUUUCUUAGUUUCUUCAGGACUCUAGCCUCUGUUUAUGAACGCUUGAACUGUUUUAUUUAGUUAUCUCAUCUGUACAGUGUAUGUAAUUUUGCAACCCUAGUUAAUUGGUUUGUCACUAUGCUCUUUUAAGUAUGCGGAGGAUGCAUACUUGUUAUUUGCAAGUAGUUAUUAGUACAAAUCGGUUUCCCAUAUAAACUUGUAUCAAUCGAAUUUUGAUCAUUCUUCAUGACCACAACAUCUAAAAAGUUUGAUGCUGAUAAUUCACUCUUAAAUUUUAAAAAAUCGGUUGUGUGUGUGAGAAAUUCAGUAAAUUCAUUAAAUGCUUGUCACCACAGUCCUGUAGUGAAAGAAUUUUACACAUAGGCAACUCAAGAUUUUACCUGGACAAAACAAAAUCUAUUAGGAAGUCAGAUAAACUGUGUCCUUUCAUCUCAGGGCUCUGGGUUUACCUGUUUCCAAACAAACUGUUUCUUCUUGGAUUUCUAAAGCUGUUGUAUGUUGCUGUGACUUUCAUGGGAAAUUUCCUCCGUCUUCUGUCAAGGCCUAUUCUACCAGAUCUGUUGCCUCAUCAGGGGCUUUCUUUAGAGAUCUAGAUGCCCAUUCCAUUUUGGAAGCUGCUACUUGGUCAUUUAUUCAUACUUUCACUAAACAUUACAAGUUGGAAACUCUCUAGAUACAAGGCAGGGUUUGCUGUAGCAAUCCUGCAUGGAUUUGUAGAAAAUGUUUCUUCACUUUCUUUCUCUCCUCUGUCUACCUCCUUGAGUUCCUUGUGAGCAUUUGCACACUCCCUCAUGUAAAGAAUACUGCAACAUUGAAUAGAAUGACAUGGAAUAGUUGUGUAAAAUCAUACCAUAACCAUAGAUGUCAUCCUCUUCUGUGUUGCAGUGUUCUUUCCCCACCCGCCUUUCCCUCUACAACUUGUUUCCUCCUAGGAUGACUCCACUUUUGGCCUUAGGAGUCUGGUUCCUCAUAGGGCUUUUAUGGCUGAUGUCAGUACAUAAGUGCGGCGUUCCACAUAUUAGCAGUGGUUAUAAGCUUUUCUGUACAGGCCGGACGUUGUGUCAAUGGGUGGAAUACAACCAUAUGGAAAGAAUACUGCAACAUAGAAGACAUCUAUGGUUAUGGUAAGAUUUUACACAACUGUUCACUUAUGUCAUGUCUUUUGGAUCUUGGAAGAAGCUACUUCACCUGGCAAAAACCAGGACACUGGAAAUGGCCUUACAGAUUCAUAAAAUGUUACCUCAACCAAGAAAUGAACUUGAGAACCAAGUAUUUUGAAGUGGCAGCCUAACCAUUGCACCACUAUAUUUGCAGUUGAAGUAUGUUAUGCAUUUUGUUGUGCAUUAUCGCUGCUUUUCCUGAUGGGUUGUUCCAAGUGUUUAGCCAGUGUUGUCCAUUGCCACAGAGUUUUAGCUUUUUUUGUGUGUUCCCAUUUGGUGUGGACAGUGAUGUGAUUCAACCAAGUGUAUAUGAGGAGCACCUGCUUUUUUUUAAUCCAUUAUUAGGUUGGUAACAGUACCACCAGUCUGUAUUUGUGCCAGUAAAAAUUCAGGAACUAUAUGAUCUUAAAUGGAUUAUUACAUGUGAAAUACCGAACAUAUGAGGUUAAGCUGUCAAAAAUUUUGAAGUCAAGAUCUAUAUAGUUAAUAAGUCAGGGGGCCUGCCUGUUCCUCAACAUCAGUACUCACUGCAGUUAGGCAUGGUAAACAUGACCUGUAAGAUGUAGCAUCACUUGAUGAAUCUGGCAGUUAGCUUACAGAAGUUAGCUUGAGCUGUAUAUAAGCAUAGCUUUCCAUCACAAAAGCACAAUAGUUAAUCUACACUCAUUGAUCGCAAUUGGUUGAACAUGCGGGGGGGGGGGUAAAAAUAUAUUUUUUGCACUGGGCAAGCCCACCUGUACCCCUACCCCUCUACUUAUAUAGACCAACUCUUGAGAUCCCUUUACAGCGAGGAAAGGACAAGUUCCAUAAUCACAGAGUGAAAAAAGGAACCGUUUCUUCAGCUGAGUUUUAAUCAGCUGUACCAGCUUUUUCACUGUUUGGUAAAGUGACUCCUCAUCAAAACGUUUAGUACCCAGAUAUAAUUUUUUAACAAAUGCCACCAUUCUUGCUUUGGCAGAAAUUCUUAACAUAAAGUUACCAUUCAAGUGACAGACUCUGAAAAGUAUGUUUUAGCAAGUAUGUUGGGACUACAGCUUCUAGAAUGCCUUUCCUGUAUGCAAAAAAAAUUAGUGCUGUGCUAUGCCAAAAACAUUAACAUUUUCUUACAUUUGUUUUUUUAAUUUAAUUUGUGAUCAAGCAUCAACAGAAAUCUGUAACGUGGAGGCCACAGAUGAAAUUGCACAGUGGUGGGAUUAAGAUAUCAUAGCUCUGAAAAAUUGAGGACUAUAUACCUAGUAGUAAAGGUUUUUGAAUUCUCUCACACAAAUGUCUGUUCAGAAAAAUGCAACAUACAUUAUGCAAUUUGCCUGUUUAUGCAUGGUCUUGGCCUUGUUUGAUAUAUUCACAUGCACACUCUAGCUUUUUUAUAUAGUUGUACUUGACAGCUUGGGAAAGUUUUAAUUUAAGACUACUUAUCCUGCCCUUUUGAAUCUGAGAAGUUUGGAAAGUUUUUUCAAUAAAAGAAUAGUAUGUGUACAGUGA